AUGUCUGCGACCAAUACUUCCGAAUCGGGACCCGCUGUUGGUAGCGAGGUUUCCCCCUCAUCACCGCUGGAAGCACCGGCUCCUGCUUUCGCUGCUCCAGCUGUUGGUCAAGAUUUACCCCCGUCCUCGACGCGGACAUCGUUUACGCGUGUUGACCACGAGGAAGAGCAGCGGCAGCGCACGCAACCAUCGUCAUCGCUGGCACACGACCCAUUAACACAACCCGCUGUUCCCACACAACCAGACCCAAUGAGCGAGGAUACCUUGGGAGACGACAAAGCUCCACCUCUGACAUCGCCGCCUUCCCAGGACCAGCAGGACCUCAAAGUGGAUAGCGAUUCUCCGGCUUUACCAGAACUCACAAUGGACGAACAACCCGUGCCGCAGACACCUCAGACAUAUCUCACAUUUCUGCUCAUUUCUGGAAAGCGGCGGACGAUGUCUUUUGAGCCUGAAACGGCGGUUGGCAGGGUCAAAGAGCUUGUGUGGAACUCAUGGCCAGCGGAUUGGCAAGACGACAGACCACCAGCGCCAUCAUAUCUCCGUGUUCUAUACCUUGGGCGGAUGCUGCAAGAUGACGAGAGCCUGGCAAGGUUGCGACUAGACGAUACGCUGCCUACUUACACGCCCCAACAACCAUCUUCCUCUUCAUCUCCUUCAGCAGCUGCACCGAUACCAACGAUUAUGCACUUAUCUAUUCGACCUUACGCACCGCCAAAUGAUGGCGAUGGGCUCAAGAAAAAGAAAAGAAGGGGUCAAGAUGUUUAUCGAAUUAUUUUGGAAUAG